CAGAUGAAUAUUAUUAAUGUUAUCGCAUGAACAUAGUAAAAGCAGUUCCAUAGCAUAUUAAAUUAUAAACUGUUUAAAGACACGUCACAAAACAAAUGUAUUCUUGUGUAUUUCCUUGAUGGUAAACAAGAGGUCCAAGAUGACCCUAGGUCUCUCACCUGAGUAACAUACCAUAAUAACGUUAACAUGUUUGACCUAAUGACCCAGUUUUGAUACCACUUGACCCAGUUUCAAACUCGUCCGAGUUUUUAAGGAGAUGAACAUUCUGGCUAAGUUUCAUGAAGAUUGGAGCAAAAAUGUGGCCUCUGUAAUGUAAACAAGGUUUUUCUUCAAUUUGGCCUAGUGACCUUGUUUUUGUAUCCAACCUUAACCGAAUUAACCCAUCCAAGAUUUCAUUGAGACAAAUAUUUUCACAAAUUUUCAUUAAGAUUGAACCAAACAUGUGACCUCUCGAGUGUAAACAAGUAUUUUCCUUGAGCUGACCUAGUGACCUAUUUUUUUACCCCACAUGACCCAGAUUAGAACUCUUUCAAGAUUUUAUGAACAUAAACACUUUUUCAAAGUUUCGUGAAGAUUGGAGCAUAAAAGUGGUCUCUAGAGUGUUAACUAGCUUUUCCUAUGAUUUACCCUAGUGACCUUGAUUUUGACCCCACGUAGCACAGGUUCAAAAUUACAAAGACUUCAUGACAACAAAAAUUCUGACCAAGUUUUAUGAAGAUGAAAUAAAAAAUGUGAUCCCUAGAGAGUAAACAAUCUUAUCUUCUUCUUUUAUUUGACCUAGUGACCUAGUUUUUGACCCCUAGUGCCCCAGAUAUAAAAUCAUCCGAGAUUUCACGGAGACAAACAUUCUAGCAGCCCCUAUUGCAUACACAAGGGUUUUCUUUUAUUUGAUCAGACGACCUAGUAUUUGACCUCAGAUGACCCAUAUACGAAAUUAUAAUAGAUUUCAUAAGAUUUGAUCAAAUUAUACGCAUAUCCAGUCAAAAAUGCAGCCCCUAUUGCACACACAGAGUUGUUCUUUGAAUUGACCGGGUGAUCUAGUUUUUAACCCCAGAUGACCCAUGUUCGAACCUGACCUAGAUUUUAUCAAGAGAAACAUUCUGAACAAUUCUCAUAAGUUUCAACUUUAAAAUGUGGUCUCUAGAAUGUUAACAAGAUUUUCCUUUGACCUGGCCUAGUGACCUAGUUUUUGACUCCACAUGACCCAGAUUCAAACCUGGACUAAAGAUUACCUAGAUAGAUAUUCUGAUCAAGUUUCAUGAAGAUAGGAUCAUAAACAGGCCUCUAGAGUGUUAAAAAGCAUUUCCUUUAAUUUGACCUAGUUUUGGACUCACAUGACCCAGAAUCAAACUUGAUCUAGAAGUCAUCAAGACAAACAUUCUGACCAAUUCUCAUGAGUUUCAAACUUAAACUGUAGACCCUAGAGUGUUAACAAGAUUUUCCUUUGAUCUGGCCUACUGACCUAGACUUUUACCCCACAUGACCCAUUUUCAAACUUGUCCUGAACAUUCUGACCAAGUAAAGACUGGGUCACAAAUGUGGCCUCUAGAGUGUUAACAAGGUAAAUAUUGACGGACGACGCACGUAGCACGACGGACGACGGACAAUGACCGGUCACAAUAGCUCACCUUAAUAGCUCACCUUGAGCACUUCGUGCUAAGGCGAGUUGAACACUGAAAAAUAACAAGUAUCUAGUUUCAAAUUGACAGUGACAUAUACAAGACAAAGACAAUGUCUAAAUAUAUUAUUGAAUUAAUGUAGUAGUUUGCACAGUACUUGAUGUAUUAAGGUGAGUUUAGACCACACUUUGUUAGAUAGCUAUUAUUCUGUGUUUUUUUUAAACUACUGACAAGAGAUUGACUGAAUAACUUUGCAGAUGAAGUUGUGAAAACACAUUAAUUCAAGGAGGGCCUAAAUUGGCCGCCUGUCAUCUUGUAGAAUAACUGUAUUAUACCAGUACUAUCAGAAUGAUUGGCAUGAAGUUUAUAUGAGAGAUAAAAGUAGGUCACUAGGUUGUGGUGGGUCUUUAAGCAUGAUAGUACUGGAUAAUGACAUUAAGAUUAUGGAUUAAUACUAUAUGUACUCUAACGGUACAAGCAAUUAAUAUUGUAUUACACGUUUUAAAAUCAGUUCUUAACAUAAUGCGAGAGUUAUGAGCAAAGGAUCAGAUGUAUGGAAAAGUAUAUUAGUUAUGAAUGUAUUAGUUAUGAAUGAUUUAUUUUUAACAGUCGUCCGAAUUUACUUUUUUUUUGCAACCUUCAUUGUUAGCGUGCCAAACACGUGGUUCCGGUUGAUAUUUUUAGUUUAUCGCAUUAUUCUUUCGUUGACUCAUAAAGCAAAGUAUUCUACGGUUUAUUAAGUGAAUCAAGAACACGGACACUAAAUGGCAUUUUGUUAAAAUAACUUAGAGAAUUAUUUCUAACGUCUGAAGCUGUUAACAUCAGUCAUAACAUUAUAGAUUAUCCUAGACAUUCUGACCAAGUUUCAUAAAGACUGGGUCACAAAUGUGGCCUCUAGAGUGUUAAAAAGGUAAAUAUUGACGGACGACACACGUAGCACGACGGACCUCUAUAAUUGGUAUUCUUUUUACAGUUUAACACUAGCACCAAUCAGAAGAAAUAGUAUAGAUACCAGCUCGUAUAGCACAGAAUAAAUACGUUAAUUCAAAAUGGAUGUAAAAGCGACAGGAAAAGUAUACAGAAAUACAUUUGUGUUGUCAGGAGCCUUUACAGCAAUAUUUACUGCAUACCUUGCAAUACAAAAUCUUCAAAGUAGUUUGAAUCAAGAGCAAGGCCUUGGAAUCAUCUCCUUGUCAUGUAUGUACGCUUGUAUAAUCAUCUCUGGCAUCCUCGCAUCUGCCAUCAUUCAUGUUUUUGGGGAGAAAAAGAUUCUCGUUAUCUCGUUCAUAUGUCACGUGAUCUAUAUAGGAACUAAUUUUAUCCAACCUUUGCGACUGGCUGAUAUGGCAUGUUCCUACGCAGACAGAACUUCGAAAGAUGGUCAUGCUGUUCUUAGUAAAUUAAAUGGAAUUUUCUUUGCAAUGUUUGAAACCACGCAAAUAACGGGAAACCUGAUUUCAUCUCUAUUUCUUCAACAUGGCAGCUACGAAAGUAGUUCCUCAGCCAAUAAAACAACUGUAAAGUUUUGUGGUAGUGAAGAUUGUCCAAUGGCGGUCAAUGGCACUAUAAUUGAUGAACCCGACCGUCAUAUUGUGCAUAUCCUUUUAGGUAUAUUUUUGAUAUGUGAAGUUUUUGGUGUUUUUCUUACUUCCUGUUUCUUGCCGCCGAUGAAUAAACUUGCAUCGAAACAGAAAGUGAAUCUGUUGAAAUCUUAAUGUGGAAAGGGUCUCACAGAUUUAAACCUUGUAUAACUGAUUAUAAAAAAGUAAAUAUAGAUAAUUACAAUUGUGAUUUUUGCUGAUAAUAUAUUACUUAUUCUACUAGUUGAUCAAUUUGUUAAAUUUUGCUUUGUCUAUGAUUUUUAUUUCAGCCUUGGUUGCACUGCUAUUCCCGGAAAAGAAAGACUCCGCCUUAGCCAACUACCAUACCUGGAAAGCCAUUGGUUUUACAUUCACAUUUAUUUAUGGAAACCUGCUCUGUGUGUCAAUAAAAAUUGAUAAUCGCCAUAAGUUUACUGAUGGUGUCGAUGAUUUUAUAUUUAAUUGUAGAAAUUAGAGUAAAACAAAGUAAAUCUAGUAAUGAAAAAGAGACAGAAGAAGGAAACCAAUUAGAUCCAGACAGCAAUACUUCAGAUGGUUGAAAUGCUUACAAAAUUAUAUAGCACAUUUUUCUCGUAUUUUGUAGAUAGUAACAUUAACGAAGCCUAUUAUGUAAUUAUAUCUAUUUUCAUUGCAGUGAUUGAUUUUAACUUUUGCACAACACGAAUUGCUCAAAAAUAAAUUUAAUAAUAAAUUUGUCUCAAGACAUUAACGCCAUCUACAUCACUACAGUACUUUCACUUUAUUUAAACAUAUAUAAAAUGCUGGCGUGUUUGACAUUUAUGUUUAUUAUACUCCGCAAAUUCCAAUAUGUGCUCGUCAAUUAAGUUCCCGUGAUAUGCAAUUUAUCAUUACCGGUGCCAUUAUAACCAGUAGCAUGUCCACCAGCAACUGCAAUCAUUAAAUUAGAAUGGCAUCACAUGUACAUACCUAGAAGCUAUUUAAUAGUCAUAGCAACGUGCUAGCGGCCCAGUCGAUGUUUCAAUAACUACGUAUUCGCCGCAAUGAAAGAUCACCUGAACACCGUGAAUAUAUUUUAAAACACCUCAGGUUUGCAGUCAAUUCAUAGCCGAAAUAUGGAAAACCCUUACAUUCCAAAUAUUCUUUUCAAGGUUAAUGUACUAUCUUUUAAAAUGUCUGUCAUGUUUUGUUCGGUUCCAAGUCAUUUGGUAUUAAUGGAAACGAGGAUGCUGAUACUACAGCAAAGAAGUCCCUUUCAUUGCCGCGAUUAUUAUUCCAGAUUGCCAUAUACUGACUUUAAAUCAAAUGUAAAAAAGAAAAUAUAUAACUUUUAUCAAAUUGGCAAAUCGUCAUGGAACAAUACUUCGUUCCAUUAACAUCAUGAUAUUAAACCUGCUUUAGGUGAAUGGCACCAAGUGAACAUAUCUGUUCGCUGUUGUUCUUUCUCGCUGUCGAAUAGGUCAUACUCGUUUGACUCAUUCUUACCUCUGAAUAAAGAAGAUCAACCUGAAUGUAUCCCAUGUCAAACAACACUACUGACUAUUAAAAAUAUUUCAAUUCAUUGUGUGGACUUACAGUUACAGCUGUACAGUGCAGUACAUACUUUGACGUUAAAACUUUCAAAAGAGUUGUUUGAAACAGUUUCCAUCAACGGUAUUUUAUCCUUUUUAAAACAUACAGGCAUCUAUCGUAAAACACGAAAUUUUAAUUCACAUUUGUUGCGAUAUCGGUAUGUUUACAGCAGAUAUUUUUUAACACUGUAUAUAUGUUUUUAUAUAAUUUUUUACAAAUGGUUUUCAAUGUAUGUUUCAAAUAAAAUUUUUUCUCGGCUA